AUCAUAAGUCGCUCACUUGUAUCUCAGACACUUCAACUAGACAGUCAGACGGACAGUCAGAUUUACUCUUGAGGUCCGGACAGACACAAUGGGAGUUGAGAAAAUGGAGCUGGAUGAGGGACACUCGACUCUGAUGAGUGACACCAAGAAGCCUCCCCCGGUUCGGCCUCCCAACACGUUUGAGCGCAUCAUCCAACCCUGCCUGGCAGAGGUGGUGGGAACCAUGUUCUUUGUCUUCAUUGGGUGUGUGUCGGUCAUUGAGAACGUUGAGUCUGCAGGCAGGGUACAGCCGGCGCUGGUCCAUGGCCUGGCUGUGGCUGUCAUGGUGGCAUGCAUGGAUCAGAUCAGUGGAUCCCAUUUCAACCCUCCCUUCACCAUUGCCAUCUACCUGUGUGGCGGCAUGAAACUGUUCAUGGUUGUCCCAUACCUUAUCAGCCAGUUAUUAGGGGGGGUGCUGGGAGCUGCCAUGUCAAAGAUGAUGACAUCAAAGGAGAACUAUGCCAACGCCACCGGAGCGGCGUUUACUAUCCUCCAAUCAGAGGACCAGCUGGCGGGAGCCAUAUUUGGAGAGAUCGCCAUGACGUGCCUGGUUACCAUGGUAGUAUUGCUAGGGGCGGUCAAUGCAAAGAGCAAAAGCCCAAUGGUGCCUUUCCUGGUAGGCUGUACUGUCAUCAUCAACAUUCUGGCAGGGGGGGAUGUGUCUGGGACCUGUCUGAACCCAGCCAGGGCUCUUGGGCCAGCGGUAAUGGCCAACUACUGGACCUACCAUUGGGUUUACUGGGCUGGUCCUAUCGCAGGAGGUCUACUGGCAGCAGGACUAGUGAGACUUGUGCUUGGAGAUGAGAAGACACGAGUCAUCAUGAAGUGACAUCCUACUCUACAUGUCCUAUGCAAGUCACUUACUUCCUACUUUUUGUCAUAUUAUAAAGCUUUUUUUCUAAGAAACGUGAAUUUAGACUGGAAUUUCUGUUUAAUUUGAAAGACUAUGAAUCUGGUUUGUAAAUGUCAGCAGAUAGGAGAUGUCAUAUUGUACUAAUAUAACUCUUAUUGUACUCUCUGAUUCCAGUUUGCUUUCGUGCUUUUCCUUUAAAUUAAACGAUAAAGAUGUGGAUGCCCUCUAAAGAUGAUUGUAACUGCAAGCUGACUUACCGUGCGGCAAUUUUUUUUACUGGUAGACCUAAAGCUAUUCAUCAUAAAACAAUUUCGGUAUAUUCUCACCUCGACUUUUCUUAGCUCAUCAAGCCUUCUCAUCAAACAACAUUAACAAAGUCAAAAGAAACCAACAAAACGUGUCGUUUUUUAUGCUGUUGCGACUGGACAGAGACAUCUCUCCAGCCAAUCCUAGUCGAGAGAAUGGAGGGAAGGGGCUUGUAGUGGUACCACCUGCCCCAAGCGGACACGACCAAGGACAUUAACUUCUGGAAAGAUGCUCUGGGAGGAUGGGAAGUUGUUGCACAUCCUCCCAGCGACUACCACGGUCAGAACAUCAGCCAGCAGCUAGGGUACAAGAACGUUGCCAGCCAGUAUGGCAAUAGAAUAUUUAGAACGAACGACUGGGUCGCCUCCAUAGAUACAGAACAAAAAGACUGAAUGACUGGGUCACGUUUCUGGCAACCAAACCGAUAGAAGGAACGACCAGAAGUCUUGGGUAGCAGUAUAUGAUUAUAAAUAAUCAUAUAUAAUAAUACAAAAUACAUAUUUAAAUACAUAUAGUAAAUUGUUUAAUACAAUAUAGCAACCCCUUGUGUUUAGUUCAAAACGGCUAUAUGGUUGAUGUUCUGGCUCAGUAUGACCUAUACAGUAGCCUAAGUACAGUAAGUAGGCUACAGUACAUACAGUAAGUACAGUAAAUGUACAGUUACCCAUCAAAAUGUUGAUAAGAAUAGCCUACAUCAAAAACAGACAGGCUUUUAUUUCAAUCUUCUAUUGUAAGGCAACCAAUGUGAUAAAUCUAAAAAAUGACAUGUAUAAAAAAUGAAAUGUUUGUUAUCUAUUAUUUUUAUCUAAAUACUUUUUUUGUUAUUUGAAUCAUUAUUAAUAAAAUAUAUAUAUAUAUAUAUAUAUAUAUAUAUAUAUGUAUAUCUGAAGGUUUCCACUCAUGAAAUAGAGAAGUCUAUGCUAAAUCUAUUUUAAUAAUUCAGAAAUACUCUUUAUUGUGGUAAUUUUCAUUACAUUUAAUUAAUUUAUCUCAGUGUAUUUGUUAGUUUCUUAAAUUGUUGAAGUGACUCCAUUACAAUUUCACAUGAGCUUUAAUUCGUGUUGUUUGCUUGGAAUUUCACACUUCUUUCGCAGAUAUAUUUCCUGACAUCUUCUUAGUAGGCCUAUAUUUGAGAAACUGGGAGGUUGCGGCUGUUGGCCUAUUCAUGUAGGCCUAGCACAAAAGAUGUCUACAACAGAAUAGUUUUACAAGUCACGUUGAUCUACUACAGUCCUAGUGAAUGAGGUAUAAAUGCCCCCUCUAAAUUAUUAUGUAAAGCGCUUUGAGCAUUCGAAAAGCACCCAGCAUGCACUACCAAUCGAAUUUGUGUUAUUAGUAUAGCAUAGCUAUUAAUAUUGAUUAUAAGUCAUUUUGCGAACAUUUCAAUUUAUUGGGAUAAGUAGUAUUGUAAUUUAAUAGUGUCAUUCAUAACAUUUUUUGCUAUUUAAAAGUAUUUGCUUUAUA